GAGUUGAUAACCAGAUUGAUUUAAGUUUGUAUGUUAACGAUGACUAUUGUUUUAUAUUAUUCAUGAACACCGGAACUAAAUGUUUCUUUUAUUUCUACAGAAUAUUUUAUAUAUUAACUUCAACAAUACUCUGAUAUAAAAAUGGAUUUUUGUGCAAAAGUGAAAAUGUCACUUUUUGUAUUCAUCACAUUGAGCACUUUCGCUGAUUCAACGCAAUUCGGAUUACCUCAAAGAAUGUUGGAAUUCCACAGUAAAGUUUUGAGUCAAAUUCAAAGUCACUCUGCAUCAACGAGUUCAGCCGAAAGCAAAUCGGAAAGCACCAGCUACAUGAUGUCUCUUUAUCGGGAGAAAAACGGAAAAUCAGCGGAAGAAGAAUUUGCCGUUUCCGCCCGUUCUGCAUUUACUCGCCGAAACCGUCGGAAACAAAACAAAAUGAACGGCAAAGAGCGAGUCGCUUUAAAAAGAUCAGACACCGUCAGAAGUUUCAACGUUAUUGAAUCAACGCAAGAAAAUUCAAAAUGGAUCCUGACCUUCGACCUCUCCAAUGUUUUACCAAACGAACGAAUUCGAUAUUCUGAAAUUCAAAUCAAUGCUCCCAACUUCAUUCUUGAAAUUGACACUAUCGUUAUAAAAGCUCGUUUUGUUUCAAAAACUGUGAAAACAACAGAACUAGGAAAAAUUUCACACACCACUAAAAGAAUUCCUUCAGAUGGAAAAAUUAACUUGGAAGUAACAAACUUAAUUCGUCACUGGUACAAAACCGAAUUCAUGAACCGAAAUUCAGAGACAGAAUCUGUUGAAAGGCUUCAAGAAUCAAAACUUUCAAACGAAGAUGUUACAUUGAUUGUGUUUUCAAAUAACAAGAAUUACGGAUUAAUCGAUGCAGCCCACGAACGACAAGAACGUCACCGUCGCGAUUCUGCUGUACCAGCUACCGCUCAUUAUCGUCAACACGAUCGCCAAAGAAGACGUAAAGAUAAGAAUAGAAGACGUAACAAGACCGAAUACGAAUCUAAUCACGAUGAACGGUCCAACGAUGUUGAAAUGAAUAAAGAGAAUGAAAUUGAAGAUGAAAAAAUCAGCCCAAGAACUGUCAACCAACAACAUCACUAUUCUGCACCUUCUCAUUGUCGCAAAGUUCCAUUCGAAGUCGAUUUUGAUAAGAUUGGGUGGGGUGAAUGGAUCAUCUACCCUAAACGUUACCAAGCUUUCAGAUGCGAAGGAAUGUGCAACUUCUCUACCAUGCAAAAUAUGAAAACAACCAAUCAUGCUUACGUUCAAUCAAUUCAUGCUCUAACAAGACCAGAUCUUGGAAUUCCAACUCCAUGUUGUGUGCCAACCAAAUUGAAACCACUCAGCCUCCUGUAUUUUGAAAACGGAGAAGUUGUACAAAGAGAUCAUGAAGAUAUGAUCGUUGAAGAAUGCGGUUGUAGAUGAAAUGCGAUAUUGAACUUAUUAGACAUAUAUUUUAUUUUUUAUAUUUUGUACAAUGCUUUAUAGAUUAAGUUUCAUAUUUUAUAAUAUUUAUAUUCGCCCUUCGCCGCCUAUGCUCCGUUUGUAAAUAAUGUUCUUCGAUGUCUUAGAUCUAAUUUAUUUCCAUUUUUCCAGCUGUGAUUUUUUAUACCUAUGUUUUUCAAUUUAUUUUUGUUAUUUGUAUUAUAAUAAGCAGUUGCCACAAAUAAUAGACUGCCAACUUGCUUUCAUUUCAAUUUGAAUGAUAAAAUAUAAUAAAACACUCGCAUGAAUAAAGUAUUGCUGUAUUUAGAUUCCGACCAAUGGAAGCUAGGGUACCCCUGAAGUAUGCGCAGUUCAGGUUGUGCGCCAUCUUGGUGCGCAUACUUCAGGAGGUCCUCAUCGAGUUUGACAGGUCAUUAAUGUAACUGAUCUAAAACAUUCUAUACUAUACUCUAGUUUCGCGUCGAAAUAAGAG